UGGUAGCGGCACAGUUGAUAUACCGACCCAAGAGAUCUUCAGGAGUUUCCCUCAACCUUGAGCAGCUAUCACCUGAUUAGAGACCACGACAAUUAAUAUCGAGCCUUGAAAGAAUAUAGGGAAUAUAUAGAGAGUCGAUUUCUACACUUUUCCACUUCCUCAGAGACCAGAAAAAUUACGAAAUCACCAUACAGGCUAGCAGACACAUCACCAUGUCCAAGACCAAGUAUCUCGAUUCUCUCAACCGGGACGGCUUCGUCCUGAUCCCCAGCGUCCUGACCCCAGAACAACUCUCCACCCUCCGCCGCGCCUCUGCAGAAACCAUCACCCUAGCCCGAUCUGGGAAUUGGCCCUAUGUGCGAACCCUUCCCAAGCAAUUUCCACCCUGGAACAUCGAGCCUGGAGCCAAUCCCGCUGCAGGCGGAAUCUGGGGCGUACAAUUCCUCAUGCAUCCCUCCCUGCCCAACUCAUCCACCUUCGUGAAGAAUUACUUUUCUUCUGGAAUUGCAGACGUGGUGAAGGAGUUGCUUGAGUGUGAGGAUGAGGAACUGGUUAUGGAAUUGUUCAACAUUUUGAUCAGGCCGGAUAGGGAUUUUGAGUUGGUGUGGCAUAGGGAUGACAUUCCUGCUACCGCGACCGCAGAACAGGAGUUGGAGAGAUUGAGGGAGCCAGCUUGGCAUGCGCAGUGGAAUUUGGCACUUUAUGAGGAUGAUUCUCUGAUUGUGGUCCCGGGUAGUCAUACCCGAGCAAGGACGCAGGUUGAGAGGAAUGCAGGACCAUUCGAGAAGGAGAUUCCAGGAGAGAUCAAAGUCAGGAUGAAGCCUGGAGAUGUGGUGUUCUAUAACAACAACAUCUUACAUCGAGGAGCGUAUGUGAGCACCAAGGAGAGGAUGACGCUACAUGGCAGCAUGGGACAUAGCGGCGGAAGCAGAUUGAGAGCGAGAAAUGUGUUGCAACACGGUAUUGGAGAGUGGGUUGAGGAUGUGGAUUUCUCAGCACUUGAUGAAGCUGAAAGGAAGAGGGCAGAUGGAAUGAGGGAGAGACUGAUUAAGAUGGGACGAGAGAGCGGUGACGUUGGGUACUCACUUGAGGGUUGAAUAACACCUUGAGGUCUAUCUGAAUAAUUAUUUGUUGUCGGAGAAAACAUUGUAAUAUCCAUAUCACCGUCUUUCUCCUUUGAUGACUAUCUCCAAAAUUGUAUCGCGUAUAUGCACAGAUCCAAAAUAAAGUCUUGUGAUUGAGUGUUUACACUUGGAAAUGACAUGAUGUACACGGUGUCGGUUUUUCUCCUUCCAUAUGGGAGUAUAUCCACGGAGAAAAUCCAUACCUCCAUCCUCUGAAGCUCUUACACCCCAACUCUCAUGCGAGUCAAUGAUGAGUAACCGGAUCUACGUCGGCCGCCAUGAGGCUAUCGGCGUUAAAGGAGAUA